AUGGGUGCUUGCCAUAUCAAAUCUAAACUCAUAAAGGAAUAAUAAAAGAGACUGGAAAAUAAAAAGAAAUUACUCUAAACCAAAACUUUCCUCAAAGCCACUGUUAAAAACUAUACCUUUGAAAGUUAACAAACAGUUAAACCAGAUUAAAUAGUAUAGAAAGAACAAAUCUUUAGUGUCUUAAUCUCAACCCAAAACUUUAAUAAAGUCUAUACUAUCUUAAAUUAAUUCAAACCUAUUAAAGGUACAUGUUUAAAAAUAACCUGUAUAUAGCUGGAGAAGAUCAGAUUUUAACAAUCUAACACAAUAUUAAUGCUCAAAUAAGACAUGCUCAGUUUAUUAAGAGAUCACCAGAAAACGAUUCUUGGAUUGAGAAUUUCUUAAAAUAAAAUUUUGUACCAUUUUUAUAUUAUAAUAGAAUCAUCCCAAUAUAAUAAAGGUUUAUGAAUAUUAUUCUUCAGAUAAAGAUUAUCAUAUAAUAGUGUAAGAAUAGGUUUUAGGUAUUCCAUUAUGCGAUUACAUCAAACCUAGCUUGUAGAUUUAAGAAGGUGAAGCUGCUGAACUUAUUCUCCAAAUAUUAUAGGCUAUAUAAUAUUUACAUUAAAAUAACAUAAUACAUGGAAGAAUAACUCAAAAAUCAUUCUAUUUUUCUUUAGAAAAUAAUUUUACUAAACUAAAGUUAAUUGACUAUAAGGAAAUCUUUUUAAAGCCAGAACUUAAUCCUAAUUCAAUAAUUUUCAUUCCUCCUGAACUCCUAACUUUUUCUUAGGAUGAGAGGUUUUCAAAAGAGGGUGAUAUUUGGGCCUGUGGAAUAUUAAGUUAUUUUAUAUUAAAUAGUGGAUAUCCUUAUUCGAAGUGUGAAACUAUAGAAUCCAUAUAAAAUCAGAUAAUGAAAGGAGCAAUAAUAUAUGAAUCAAAAAACUUUGAUAAUAUUUCAAAUCAAGGGAAAAGUUUUAUAAAAAAAAUGUUAACAAGAUUAUCAACUCAACGUCCAACAAUCUCAUAAGCUAUUAAUGAUUAAUGGAUUAUUGAAAAUUUGAUACCAAAGAAAUUUAAUUAAAAAGAAGCCAUAAAUAAACUUUCUAAAUUUAAAUAAGUUAAUAAACUUUAGUUUCAUAUCAUGAUUUACAUGAUAAAUGUAUUUUUUAAUUAAGCUUUCUCAUAAUUAAUUAAUACAUUUAAUGAAUUUGAUUUGAAUAAGGAUGGCAAAGUUAAUAUUGAGGAGAUGAUGAUUGCUUACAAAGCUUUAGGGAAUUCAGAUGAAGAAAUCAAAUAAAUCUUUGAAAAGAUCGACACUGAUGGAAAUGGUGAUAUUGAUUUUAAUGAAUUCUUGAUAGCGGUCACAGAUCGUAAAGCUCUUUUGACAACCUAAAAUCUAUUAUUGACCUUUUAAACUUUUAAUAUUAGUCGAAAUGGAAAACUAACUGAAUAAGAAUUGUCUUGUGCUCUUUAAAUUCCAAAUGAAAUAAUAUCAGAAAACCUUCCUAAAUUACCUCUUUAAAAAAAUGGAAAGGUAAAAUAUUUAAGUAUUCUUAGGUUACGUUAGAUUUAAAAUCAUUUAAGGAAUUUAUGUUAGAAUUAUUAUGA